ACCAGCACAACUCUAACCGAUGCACCAAGUACUCUAACUCAUACUACCUCACGACCGAGCUUCACACAUUCACCGCUAACCCGCACCACCAGCGAACAGAUCACGUCUACUGAGCGAACCACGAGGGCCACAACAACAACUACAAAGCGAAGAAUUGAACCGACUACUACAACCGAAAGGAUAACUACCACCACUGAGCUGAGCACUAUCACUACUACUAAACCACUCACUACUACUCCUAUAAGGACAACAAGAAAGACGACACCAAUGCCGUUACCAACAACUACGGAAGAUGUCGAAUAUGAAAUUGUAGAGGUCGAAGUAGACGAGAAUGGCAACGAGAUCGAAAGUGAAAACUUAGAAAAUUCCGAGGAACAGCCUGAUCAGAAAUUACCAGUUGCCCAGCGAAAUGCGAAGUUGCGGGACGAAGUGCGACUCGGAAACCCGGCAAACCAGCAAUUACGAGAGCAGGAGGACCGGAAAAAGUUGGUGGCCGAGCAGAAACGGGCAUUGAAUCUCCCACCCGACACCGUGGUUGAAUAUCUUGAUGGUAAGUUCAAGUUAUUCCUGUCGCGAGUUUUCAUUGAGUGGGAAACCACUUGGUGA